GAUCCGUCAUUUUCAGAAUCUCUCAUUAUCAGAUGAAGCUUCACGUGAAGAGAGGCAACUCUUCUUUAUUUUUGCUCCAUAUGACAUGCGAUUCGAUGGUGAAAGACGCCUUGGAUGCUAUUUGUCGCAUUUUUCGCAUGAUACUGAAAGUUGAGAGACUUUGUAGAGGUCUGGAAGACCUGAGUGAGCAUGGUAUUGCAUUUCCGCCCGACAUGGUUGGAUUGACAGCUCAGCAGAUCGAGGAGCUCAGACUCAUUGACAAGUGGACUCCAAUCUGUGUUCCAUCCGGAGGGUGCGAAUUACGUGCAGAUCCCAUUGGGAAACGUAAUGGACAUGCUCCAAAUGAGAAAAUGAGAGAAGUUUUGAAAAAAGCCAUUACAGAUGCGAGACAUAUAGUUUCUCCAAGGCAAGUUGAAGCUGGCAUAGUGAUGACAGAGAAAAUGGCAGAGAGUGCUUUAGAUAUUAUUCGUGGAGCAGUCAUGAUUGUCUAUCCCAUGGGGCUACCUCCACAUGAUCUCAUACAGUUGGAAUUAGAUAGUAAGGAAGAGCUCCAGGGACCUGUUGCCCAAGAUGUGAUUGAAAGGACAGAGGGUGAACUUUGGUUCUCAGGGAAGAAGUUGCCAGAAGAUCAGCCCCUGAAGGCAUUUCUUGGCACAAAUGAGAAAACAACAGCUGUGGUUAAGGUGGGGAAGAAAGGACAUGGUGCACCAUCACGAGAACCUGUCAUGAGUGUGGAAGAGCAAAAGCAAUUGAUGAUGCAUCAGUUCCAAAAGCAAGAGGAACUCAAGAGACUGGAGGCGGACGAGGACGAUAAUUACCUGGACUCUAAAUGGGCGGAUGGGAGCAGCCUGAAGAGGGAAUAUCUAGGCCUCUCCAACAUCACCUGGAAACCUCAUUGAUGCCAUGCGCCCGAUCGUAUGACGUAAGGGGAUGGUAAGCAGGGAAGAUGGAAUUAAGAAAACAGGGAGGAAGAACAGGAGAAAAUGCCCCCGGCGAGGCUGUGGUCAUUGCCCCCUCUUCUCAGUCUCCCGUCCUUACCGUGGCGUCGAGUUGCUCUUCCAGGAUGGAGCAUCCGUCGACCAACAUUUCGUGCAUUUGUGUUUCUUUCAUGUGACUUGUGUAGAAUGAAGUGUAGUGAGAGCGUU